AGGACGAGACGGCUCUGACGGAAACAAACCCGCCCCGUUCCACAUUUUGAAUGCAAAUGGCAUUCCCGGGGGAGUGUGUUGGGGACGGGGAUACCACCGGCGUGACUCAGAGACACUGUCGUCGAAACCCGACAGGUAGAUGAGGGAAGUGCGUGGCUCAUGUGACCGGUGAGUCAGCCAUCUCACCUGGGUAACCGAAACCGGCCGCUCGGCACAGGGGGGAAAGGAAAGGGAGAAGCCAAGCGACCGUGGCCGUGGUGAACUAUCGGCGCUGGGAGGAGGCAAUUGGACUCCGGUCCCGGAACAACAGACGGAGGGUGCAGAGAGGUGUUCGACCCGAGCGAGGCGAUGGCGGUGCACCAGCGAAGGGUGCGUCUGAAGCCGUGGCUCGUGGCCCAGGUCGACAGUGGACUUUUCCCGGGGCUUGUUUGGCUCCAUCGAGAAAACAAACGAUUCCAAAUUCCUUGGAAGCAUGCGACACGCCACAGCCCUCCACGGGAGGAAGAAAACACCAUCUUUAAGGCCUGGGCAGUGGAGACGGGGAAAUACCAGGAGGGGAUCGACGAACCGGAUCCCGCCAAGUGGAAAGCUCAGCUUCGCUGCGCGCUCAACAAAAGCCGCGAGUUCAACCUCAUUUACGACGGCACCAAAGAGAUCCCCAUGAAUCCGCUGAAGAUUUAUGAAGUGUGCGACAUUCCCCAGGCUAACGGUGGACACAGCAAUCCAGGAUCGGUUCCGUGGGAGGAAAACGACGUGGACUUGGAAGAUGAGGAGGACGACGACUCGAGUUCUCAGCCCCAAGUAGAGAUGCAGGAGAGCUUCCCAUUUCUCAACCUCAAUGACUCACCGAUGCCUCCAGCACGCGUUGCCAGUUGCUCUCCCAGUGAGUGGAUAAAGACCGACCCUGACCAGAUCCUACAGGGAGAUCCUCCCUUGCCAGCAGAGAUGUUCAGUACGCCAGAAACGUGGAUCAGCUCACUGCCCAUGACAGACCUGGAGAUCCAAUUUCAGUACCGGGGCAAAGAGCUGGGACCUUCCUUCACCGUCAGUAACCCUCAGGGAUGCCGCCUGUUCUAUGGGGACCUGGGGCCAAUGCCCAACCAGGAGGAGCUCUUUGGUCCGGUUUCGCUCGAGCAGAUCAAGUUCCCUGGGACGGACCACAUCCUAAACGAGAAGCAGCGCCUGUUCACCAGUCGGCUGCUGGACGUGAUGGAUCGCGGGCUCAUCCUGGAGGUUAGCGGGCACGCAAUCUACGCCAUCCGCCUCUGUCAGUGCAAGGUGUACUGGUCUGGACCCUGUGCAGGGGGGAGCACCAUGCCGCACGUCAUCGAAAGGCAGAAGAAAGUUAAACUCUUUUGCCUAGAGACCUUCUUGAGUGAUUUGAUUGAUCUUCAAAAGGGUCAAAGCAAUAAAGUGCCUUCGUUUGAGAUUUACCUGUGCUUUGGUGAGGAGUGGCCUGAUGGGAAACCAAAGGAAAGAAAGCUGAUCAUGGUGCAGGUGAUACCUGUGGUUGCAAGGAUGAUCUAUGAGAUGUUUAAUGGGGAGUUUACACGCUCUUUCGACAGCAGUAGCAUCAGACUUCAGAUCUCCACCCCGGACAUUAAAGACAAUAUCGUCUCCCACCUGAAACAGCUGUACCACCUCUUGCAGACCAACCAAGGACAUGAGACGUGGCCAGUUCAACCUCCACCUCUGCAGAUGGCAGCCCCACUACAAGCUCAGUAAUGUGUCCGGCCUGCUGCAGUUGGAGAUCUGAACGUCAACGAUCUCUCUCAGUCUCGUUGCCCUACCAAUGAUGGUGCCAUUCAAGAGCCCAGGGACCAUCACUUUGUGCCAAGAUGGUUUUUAUUUCAUUUAAUCAAGCUCCCUGUGUCUUGUCCUUUUCUCUCCACGCAUCUAAAACCUUGGUCAGUAAGUUAAUACAAGAUGUUGAACUCUCUAAGAUCAGCAGUAAGUUUGGAGCAAGUUGAUCCCAAUUAGAUUUAAUUUUGGAAUUGCUUUCUAUUUUUUUUUAAAGCUCUCAAUGUUGCAAAGCGUUUUGGAGUCCUUUUGAUAUGUAGUUGCAGUCCUAAAGGAAGUUGUAAUACUCUCAUUAGUUGGACAGCCCAGCAAUGGCUGUUUCUGUACUGAAACUUUGUACAGUAAGUGACCUUGUUUCCCUUUGGAAGCACACUCGUUGCCAACGACUCUGGACAAAGUUUUGUCCCUCACCCUGUGGACUUUCAUAACAGAAGAGCUUGCAGUGCCCAAGGAAUCCCCAGAAGGCCCAAAUCUGAAAUGUUAGUGUUAGUUAAACCCACGUGAUAAGAGAUUGUUCUCAUCAAAAAUACACAGAGAGCAGGAGAAGGUAUUUAAGAGAGAACACCCAAACUGCAGCUGAGAAGCCUUUUAUAAAGACAUGUUAACAAAAAGCUCCUUCGUUUAUCAUGUUCCAGCCUUUUUAUCAUGAAUGCUUUUCAUUUUUAAGUUUUUAACCUAAAGCCCAAAUUUCAAGAACAAGAAGUUAAAAGGCAGUUGUGUACUUUGAACAUAGAACAUCAGGACAUCUUAAGAUUAAAUUAUCUAAAUACAAGUUGAUGUAUUAUAAGAUUUAUAAGAUUGCAUGAUUUAAUAUUUUGGUAAAGAAGCUGUUUUGAAAGAAAUUGGAGCUUAAUUAUGUUGCAUCUUAUCUCAAAGUAAAAUUUUGGCCUGCAGUACUGAGCACAUUUUAUACAAAAUGAUUUAUUUUACUUUAUGGCAAAGUGUCCUCUAGAAAUUAGCUUACUUUCCCCUACUGGGGCAUAGGUACUGACAGCAGCUCACCAGGUUCCUCUCUCCUGGGCCAGUCCUUCAAGUUGUCCCACGUGUUGCCCACCUUUCCUCUCCCAGGGAUGAGGAGCUUCGAACUCCUGUUGGCGUUUCUGUUGCUCAGGGUUUUUAUGAGAUGAGGUUGCUAGCCCCACGCCCGACCCUCCUCCCUGAGCAGGUGGGCUUGAGACCAUCCAUGGCAGAGUUUUAGAGAUUUGCAUAUUGUACAAUGUAAUGCGUGGUCAGAAGAUUAAACUUUAGUUCUCUCCAUUUUUAUAUAAGGAAACAACUGACAUUUGUGUAUGGCUACAUAUUGAAUUACACAUAGUCCAUUGUAUUUAACUACCUGACACUAAUCAUACUUGAGCCAAGAAGUGUGAGAUGAUCUGAUCUGAUAGUGUGUGGAAUGUUUCGGGAUUAUAGUGGAAUUUGGAAAGAUGGCUGUCAAAGCAAGAACAUUACUGAUUUCUCACUUAAGUAGCAGAUAAUUUUAUGUUUGAUCAAAUCCUUCAUCUAGGACAAUGAAAAUACCAUAAAUAAUACUGGGAAAUUUACUUCACUGAGCACAUACUGUGUUAUUUCACAUCUAUUGCAUUAAGUUGUAUUUGAAAGUGCUCACAUAUUAUAUUGUAACAUUUUUUUAAAACUUGUCUUGUGACUAUUUAAUUAAAUUUUAGACGGUUUCACAAA